UGUGUAUUAUCAAAAACGAUAAUGGAGGAAAACAACAUUUUCCUCAAUGGGUCACUGGUGGUUGAAGAUGGAGAAUCUGUAGAGUUUGAGUGUUAUGAAGGAAUGUUUCCUGAGAACAACUUAACAGCUACAUGCCAAGCCAGGAAUAUAAAUUACCCAGAAUGUCUAAAGGAAAAAAAAUGCAGCUCUGCUCCACAGAUUGCAAAUGGAUAUCCUAAAACCCAACAAGAAGGCAGCUAUGAUACUGGUGUAUCCGUGGAAUAUGAAUGUGACCAAAAUUAUGAGCUGAUUGGGUCUAUCGUUGUGACAUGUAUGGAUGGUCAGUGGUCUGCGUUACCGCAGUGUGUCUUUUUUGUAGAAGGAAUUAACAUCUAUGAAGAGCGAUGGAACUAAGAAUUCCCUGAUACUAGAAGAUUAUUUGAUACUAUUUCCUGAUGUAAUAUCCCAAAGCAGUAUUCAGUAGUGCUAUAAUUAAAUACUAGAUUUCUGGCUUAAACUACAGAUAUCUCAAGAUCAUUUUAUGUAUUGGUCAUUUUACUUUCUGUAAACAUCGUAUUUACAAACUGAGGGGUCUAUCACAAUCCUAUAGAAAACGUUAUCUAUUUUUUUUUCUACAAAAAAUCACAAUUAAAGUCUAUAGUUUUGUAGAUAAAUAAUAAUUUUUCUAAAGGAUUCUGAUAGACCCUUGAGUUCUAUAAGUCUAACUCUACUAUAAAGUAACUGUACCAGACUUUUACUACGGCUUAAUGCAAUUUACUUGCUUCAUUUGGUGAAAGUGAAUAAAAUUUUGAAUUACAA